UCCGGGAUCGCAUCAGACGCCGUUAAUAUCUCGGAGGCAGGGAAACGUGAUUCAAGUUUGAAGCAGCUGCCGCAACUAUCGCUCGCAGCCGACCCUGGUGGAGAGGAAAAAAGGGGAGACGGGCCGGAACCAGCGUCUCAGCCACGUUUCAGCUCAUGCCUUUAUGCAGCAGGCAUCUGUUACGGUAGCGUGGUGUCAAGCAACGAACGAGCCAAAGCGAGUCCGAUCACAAGCCGACAGCUGAUCGCGGUCGAGUACAAGCUGAACUACGUUCGCAAGUUUGUGUUGUUGGCAUAUUUUAGGAAGGAAACUCGUCGCAAUCGCAUUGAUUGUGGUAGUACCGUCUGUUGCACAAAUAGGAAUAUCAACAGCCUCAAUGGCGCACCACCACCACCAUCAUGAUGACGGCGGCGAUCCAUGCGGAGGCCACGGUGGAGCCUCCUCGCAGGGGCCCGAGACGGGUUUGCAGUACUCGCUGUACUCCAAAAUAGACCUUGACAACGUGCAGUGCCUUAACGAAGUGAAGGAAGGGUCCGGCAAGUUGGUCUUCAAGCCCUGGGAGAAGAGACUGGAUCGCGAGAAGUACGUGGAAAGUGAUGCAGACGAGGAGCUGCUCUUCAACAUUCCCUUCACCGGUAAUGUCAAGCUCAAGUCCAUCCUGGUGGUAGGAGGCGAUGCUGGCAUGCACCCUUCUAAAGUUCGCAUGUUCAAGAACCGGCCGCAAAUGACCUUCGAUGAUGCGCGCGCGAUGCCCGAGCAGGAGUUCGAGCUGCAACCUGAUGCCAGUGGCAGCUUGGAGUACCCUGUCAGGCUCAGAGGCAGGGCGUGGUGUUGUGCAGCUAUGAGAGUGCUGCUAACCCCGCCGACCACAAGGUGCAGCAGCAGCAGCGAGCCAACAUGAUGAUACAGUAAUAAAAAACAGUGUGACAACUUC